AUGAUGAAGACUGCGGUAACAGUAUUGCAAGAGAUGAUGUUAAAAUUAGGAUUGGUGCCAGAAUAUGAAUGUGUAUCUCAGUCAGGCCCCCACCAUCAAGCAAUGUUUGAAUAUCGUUGUACUGUAUAUGGCUGUGAUGCUUCUGCUGUUGCUCGUUCUAAAAAAGAAGCUAAGCAGGAAGCAGCGCGGUAUAUGUUGCAAAAGCUAUUUGCUCGUGGUCUCAGUGUACCUGCUCCUUAUGCCACAAUGCCAUCUGAGCAAGAGCGGCCAUCAUCACCCCCAUCUCCCAACAACAAUCCUGCUCUUGAGCCCGGCCCUUCAGCAGUUACAGGGAGGAGCACGCUGCCACUAGACACUCGAAGCUAUGUUGCACUAUUGAAGGAGCUAAGCGAACAGUAUCAUCUCGGCGAGCCACAGUAUGAGCUUGUUAGUGACACAGGUCCUGCCCACCACCGUCACUUCACCAUUCGCGUCAGUUUGGGGUUACACUCGCGACAGUGUACAUCCACAACAAAAAAAGCAGCCCGUCAACUUGCAGCAGAACAAUUAUACACUUAUCUCCGUGAUAACCUUUCUAGGCUCACCGGGGACUUUGUUGAGGAGGAGGCCUUGGCGCGUGCUCUUGAGAAAUCCUUAAAGAAAAAGGAUGCUGCCGCUGGGAGUGAGACUCCUAGCAAGGGUUGUAACAUAGACACUGCGAUGAAUCGCUUCACAGAACUACAUGAAAUGGCUGGUCACUGUCUGGACCUGGGACAACGGAUCUCGCAGUAUCACAACGGUCUGAUGAUGCAUAUUGAGGAAUCAAAACGGCUGAGUGGUCAGGAGGCAUUGAAAGCAAAUGUCUCAGCUGAAGACACAGAGCGAGCAUUAGAAAGUGUAUGCAGUGCCUUGGGUCUACGAGUUGAAAGAGGUGUGUCAUGCGGCAAGAGCCUGAGCGUGUUGAGACUGGUGCCCACCGCUCCACCCCUAGCAUUCGCUGGAGGAGACGAUAAAGGAGCCGCAACCGCAGCCCUGCGCUAUCUGCGACGAAACUUAAUCACGCAGUCUGUCUAA